UGAGAACAUCAUUGACAUUGAUUGUGAACUGUCAAAAAUGUUGUGAUCUUUUUAAGGUUUUUUUUUACCUACGUAACGAUAAAUAGCUAUUGUUACCAUGAAUACACCUACCUAAAAUGGAACAAAACGGUUCAAAUAUGACUAUCAUUAGCACACCAUGGACAAAAUAAUUAAUAACCCACAUUAUACACGAGCCCAAACACUUCAUGAAUUUACAGUGAAGGACAUAAAGGGUAACCUUGUUAAAUUAGACAAAUUUAAAGGACAUGUCUGCAUAUACGUAGACACUGCCACAAAUUCACCCUUCACUGAUAUGCACUACGCGCAAUUUAACAAUUUAAUGGAUAAGUUUGCAGACACCAACGGAUUGAGAAUAUUGGCGUUCCCUUGUAAUCAAUUCGGCAUGGAGCCUGGUACACCGGAAUCCAUAGCCGCUCACGCCGAGAAGCAUAACGUCAAAUUCGAUAUUUUUGCUAAAAUCGAUGUUAAUGGAGAAACAGCUUGUGAUGUAUGGAAAUUUAUGAAGGCAAAGGUACCUGGUGGUGCUCACGGCAACAUGAUAAAAACUAAUUACACAAAAUUUAUUGUGACCAAACAGGGUAUGCCCGUAGAACGACACGGACCAGAAGUGCAACCAGUAGAAUUCGAACAAUUACUGAACCCUUACUGGUGAACCACAACUGAUUAUACCCACAUUAACCUAAUUGAUGAUGGACUUAAAUUCUGAGAAUUUAUCACGGCUACUAGCCUCACUAUUAAAGAGAAAAUAUGAACGACGUGGAAGACAACAUUCUUUACAAAGUCGUAAUUCUCAAAUCGCUACUUCUGUUAAUGGAGCAAGUCUGAAUCGACUAUUGGAAGCGACUAACCGACGACAAUGCACAACUUUAUUACCGCCAACUCAAAUCAAUAGCUCUCCAAACAAAAAUCAACGUCGCAAACGUAAACAGUCACGUUUUUAACAUUUACAUUUUAGGUGAAAACGAUAGUUUUUUUUAAAUACACGCAGAAGAAACAUGUUGAUACCGAAUUAAUUUAAAAUAAUAAUAAACUAGCAAAUACC